UCCGAGUAGCAGCAGAAUUAAGCCCACACUCGGAGAGAGAGAGGGAGAGAGAGAAAGGGCGGAGAAAUUUUCGGCGGAAAUAACAUGUUCAUCAGACGGCCGACGGAAAAAUUUUGAUUUAGGAACCCAGAAGGGAAUCAGAAUAAUAUAAGAACUUGAAAAUCUAGGAUUAAACCCCGGCAAAUCCAAACCCCAGUGCUUGUUCGUUCCUACGAUCAUCGAUUUUUCGUUUCAGAAGCGGGAAAUUAGUUCGAGCUUCCUUCAAAAGCCCGAUCGAACCUUUUUGGCUUCAAUUUCUUCGGGGUUUUUGAAGAUUACUCGAACAUCAUCGACAGUACGAUGGCCUUGGGCGAUCGUCCUGUUCAAGAGGAUUCGGUAUGGAUUCUGCUUCUCUGAAGAAGGGUUUCUGUUCUGUUUUUGGUGCGAGAGAAGUGGUUCGCUAAAUCUGUGUUUUAUUGUUCUUGGUUCUUAUUAGAAUGAUACUGGAUUUUAGGGAAGAUGAUUAUUGGAACUAGGGUUUUGGGUUCACAUUUAAUGGUGGGCUCUGUGGAGCCGAUGAUUAUUGGGGAUUGCAUUGACAUGGAAGAAGGCGAAGCUUCUUGCUAUCACAAGGAAAAUGGCGGUGAUAUUGACCCUGAUAUUGCUCUCUCUUACAUUGAUGAGAAGAUCGAGCGUUUUCUUGGUCAUUUCCAAAAGGACUUCGAAGGUGGAGUUUCAGCCGAAAAGUUAGGUGCAAAGUAUGGUGGUUAUGGCUCAUUUUUGCCUACGUACGAACGUGCUCCAUCCAUUUUGCCACACAAUAUAAAUCAACAAAGCGACUGCAAUGCAGCAGCACCAACUCCAGCUAAUGUGCCCUUGGAGAAUCCAAAAGCUCCGCCGCCGAAGAGGUCGGAAGCUAUUGUUUGCAAUGCUAUUUCCUCUCACAAUAAAAGGGCAACUUCUGGGAGGGUAGAUUCGUGCUUACCUGCUACUAGAGUUACUAAUAGCUACCCCUCGAAAGAGGAAGCCACGGGCAGAUUAGGCAGUCCAAUGAGCAACAGAUCGCUUAAAUUUCGACUCAAAGUUGGUUCCGACAGCACUGCAUUGAAAAAUGCAGCGAUAUACAGUGGCCUUGGACUCGAUGACUCUCCAUUGUCAUCAUCGGAAAACAGCUCCGACGUUAGUGAAGGGAUGCUGCCCAUUUCUCAAAGUUCACCAGACGAGUCUCCGACUAAGAUAAUUCAGGCAAUGACUUCUUUCCCAGUGCCUCAUGGAGCAUUGAUAUCACCUCUUCAUGAUAGCCUACUCGGGCUGUCGAGAAAGGAAAAACCAAUACGAGAAACCAAACCCGUGCUUUCCCUUGAGGAUAAAAAAGAUGGUUUGGCCAAGCUUGCCAGUGGGACAAUUUUAAAGCAAAACGACAGUACAUUGGUUAAGAAGAAGAAAAAGGAGACGGGGCAUAAAGAACGGCAGGUCAAUCCUAAGAAUGAAGUUUAUGCUUCUCGUUGCGAGGAGAAGACGACUCUAACUCUCGUAAAUGGAAAAUCAGAAAACGAGGCUUUUGUAAGCAAGGAUUUACUCUCUAAUGAGUUGCAAUGCAAACCCGGUUCCGAGGUUACUAAGUCCAAUGCGUACUUAGACCCACAAAAGAAGAAGCUUUCUCGUAAACCUACGCUACAUGAAACGGACAAAGACAAAGCAUCGAUUAAGAAAGAAAAGCCCGGAAUUGUUGGCGAGAAGAAUUUGAAAGUUAUACAGACUGCUGGUGGGAAAAUAGCUGGUUCAUUUGAGGAAGGCUUCAAGAAUAGAAGUGAAGCAUUCAAAGGUAGAAAGGACACUGAUUCUGACACUCCAGAAUCUGAAAAUAGAAAGCACAGGUUAAAACUACACAGCAAUGAGAAAGUAGGAACAAACAAUGGGGAUUCUUUUAACCGCACGGGGUUAGAUGAAAACCGUAAAAGUAAGGAUGUAAUUGAAAGGGCCUCCGGUGACAUACGGAGGCUCGACGGCCUAUAUGACAGUGGAAUCAAAUCGUCUAAAUCCUUGAAGGUGGUCGAACCAGCAGCAGGGGUGGCUCCUGUGGAUGAAUGGGUGUGCUGUGACAUUUGUCAGAAAUGGCGCCUUCUGCCCUUCGGGACAAAACCCGAUCAACUUCCUGAUAAAUGGUUAUGUAGCAUGCUCAAUUGGCUGCCCGGGAUGAACCGGUGUGACAUUAGUGAGCAGGAGACGACGGAAAAGCUUUAUGCUUUGUACCAGCUACCAUUGCCUGAGAGUGGAAAUGCUUUGCAGGGCCAUGGCAAUGGACUAAUAGCAGGUGAUACUUCAAAUGAGGGAAAAAGGAAAGAAAUACAAAAUCCAGUUAGCAGAAAUGGCCCUACUCUUCCAAAGAGUUCUUUGAAAGAUCCGCUGCUGGAGUCGAGGAAAAAACGAAGUCUUUAUGGCUCAAGUAACGUUCCAAAUCAGUUGAAAAAUUCAACGGAUCGAUCUUCUAGUGACCUGCACAACUCGGUAGAGGGAAAGAACCGAGGUAAACUAAAAGAAAAAUCGACCGAAAAAGCUAAUUGCGACGUAUUGAAAAGGAAGAACAAGAGACCGGAAGGCGUGCGCUCUGUCGACAGUCAUCAAGACUUCAAUAUGGAGCUCGGAAAAUUGGGUUGUAGUUCGAAUUCUGGCUUGACAAAUAUGGAAGGUGGGGAAGGUAUGUUAAAGAAGCACAACAAAUCGAACACUGAGAAUAAAAUGCAAAUUUCAUUGAAGAAACGUGGAGAAACAGCUGAGAUCACAAAGAAAAGGAAAGUGAAGGAUUGGCAGGAUGAUCAAAAUUCUCAUAACAGUGCACUACUCCAUGAACCCGUGCGUUCGAAGGAAGAAAGUUGUGAAAGGUCGAAGAAGAAAAAGAGGUUUGAUCGUGUCGAAGAAAUCAGCCAUGAUAAGGAUAACGAGCCGAAAAUGCAAAAUAAGAAGAAUUUUGCUAAACAAACGUCAGUCGGUAAGGAGUUACUGAAGAGAAAUUUAGUUGCUCGACAAGUAUCAGCGGCAGGUAACUCUAGCUCUUCAAAUGUUUCUCAAUCUCAUUUAACUAAAGCCAAAUUUGGCGUGAAAGUAUCUCCUGCUGAAUCAGUUUCGUCGUUGCCGAUGAGGACAUCUGGCCUCGAUCAAUUUCAAGGAGAAAAAGAGGAGAUUACCUCUAAUAUUCAUACCGACUCUCGUAAAGUUACACCGGCGUUUGACAUUGGGGUUAAGGAUACUGCUCUCGACACAAACAGCAAGAAAAUCAAAGCUUCUUCUGUCGUUCGACGCCAUGUCGUUACUGCUGAUGUUAAUGCUGUUAAGGAUCCUAGGUUGAGCAAGCCCAGCAACAAGAAACGCAAGAAAGAGAACAUACAUAUUGCUGGUGAAGGACUGGAAGCCCCUCAAAAACUCAAGGGUCACGACGCCGAAGACCAGAGAUCGGGUGCUUUACUUCAAUCAAAUAAAGCAGUUAAACUUCAGACAAAGCUAAGUCGGGAUUCCGAAGCGGGAAAUAAAGGUGGUCCGAGAACAGUAGAAACAAGGGAUGGAAAAUCAAAAUGCUCCUCUUCUGGAGGUGAAUGCAAAGAACCGUCACGUCUCGGUGGUGAUCCUUUACGAGUUUCUAUUAGAGCAGGCGAUUCUCAUCAGCUUAUUACCGAUGCUUCUAAAAGUGGUGAUGCAGUCGAGUUGAAGACAAUAAAGAAUGAACUUAACCACGGAUAUCAAAAACCCGAUCUGCCAGGAUCUAGAGAUGUUAAUGCUUCAAAUCUCGACAGAACGAAAUUCUCGAAUCAGACUGCUUGUAAUACAUUGAAAGAAGCCAAAAAACUCAGAGACAAUGCAGAUCACUUCAAGAGUUCUGGAUUCACUUUUGAAAGUAAUGAGCUUUACUUUCAAUCUGCUCUGAAGUAUCUUCAUGGAGCAUUCCUUCUAGAGACACUUGAUAAUACGAGUGGCAAGCCUGGUGAUGUUUCUCCCAUUCAAUUCUAUGGCAUUACAGCUGAAUUGUGCGAGAUCUGUGCUCUUGAAUUUGAAUGUCGCCAAGAAAUGGCUGCAGCUGCUUUGGCUUUUAAAUGUAUCGAAGUAGCUUAUUUGAGGAUCGUUUACCAUAGACAUUCAAGUGUCGAUGGAGAUCGCCUCGAGAUGCACUCGUUGUUCCGUACAAUUGUUCAAGGCGAAUCUCCGUCUUCUUCGAUAUCCGAUGUCGAUAACUUAAGUAAUCAAGGAGCUAUGGAUAAGGCGACUUUUGACAAGGGCAGUUCCCGAGGUGCGGGUAAUCACAUCUGGAAUGCUGCAAACUGCGCGAGUUUUGCUCGGGUCCUCGACUUUGCGCGGGAUAUGAAUUCAGCUAUGGAGGCGUCGAGAAAAUCUCGAAACGCGUUUGUGGCAGCUACUACGACAUGUGGGAGCGAAGGAAAACAUGUGGACUAUGUUGUUGAAUCAGUUAAAAAGGUGAUUGAUUUCAGCUUCCAAGAAGUGGAGGAGCUCGUGCAGUUGGUUCGAGUCGCUACACAGAUAAUAACCCGCUCGGGUUUUCGCAGUGGUAGAGAGUAGUAGAGGGUGAAACUUGUAAAUAGAUGUUAUUUUUGUUGGAUUAUUAUUGUUCCUUCCUUCCUUGAGGUGGUUGAUUGAUUGAUCAGUUGAGAAAGCUCCCUGAAACUGACUGGCAACCUGAUGAGAGAUUGGUUAGGACCGGUUCCAAACUUACACAGUUAAUUACUUACGGUUACUUCUGUACAAAGCGAGAUCCAUUAGGAAAAUCCAAAAUGUAAUUUUUUUUUUUUUUAAUUAUUCUGAGCUGAGGUAAAAUUUCUCCUUUUUUUUUUUUACCCUCUUGAGGGUCGUCGUCAUGUAAAGAAAGGCUUUUGAUUGAUAUCUUAGCUCCUAAAAGUGGAGCUUUUAAGUAAAAAAAAAGGAAAACAAUAGGUUGCAGCCCUUUUAGGCCAACCCACAUAUUCCAAAGCA